GUCAGCCAGGUCCAGUAAUUCUAGACGCGGAGUUAUUAUCCCGUCUUACAUCUAGCACCCAACAACAACGAAAUGAGGAAUCGUGGAAGGCCUACAGAAUGGCACAAGGCGACCGACCGACCAUGACCCCCGACCCGAUAAAAUCCACAUGUCGCGCAAAUGCUCACUUCGCAGGAGCGGCAGUAGUCCUACUCCGCGUAUGGCCAGGCAGCCGUCAGUGUCAAAAGCCUGAUCGCCACGGCGAUGACGAAUGUGUGGAUGAAUGGACAUAGGAUGAUGGAACCCUCCCCCCCCCCCCACCCUGUACGAUGACAACGACCAGGGGGAGAUUGAUUGGCUUUGGUAUGAGAUUUUGGCAAGAUGCUUUCUGUUUUUGAGGGGUAUCAAGUCUGGAUUGCAUGUGUAGGUAGACCGGCCUGCUUUUCGUUUCUUCCUUUUCUUUUCUCUUUUUUCUUCUGUGGGACUGCCGUCAGAGGAGGAUCAAGCGAAGGGGGACAAGGCGGCUUCUCUUGAUUCAUGUCUUGCGUCUCCUCUCUCUCGAUACCAUUAUACUGGAGAUCCGCAGCCAUGAGAAUGAAAGACGAAAGAUACAUCAUGCUUAUCAC